AUGCCUGGCAAGCCACUGUCAAAUACAUGUGUGGACUGUCGCAAUGCAGAUUACGUUCUGACCAUUCGGGGUCGCUCUCUCUGCAGAGAGUGCUACAUCCAGUUUGUUGGAUAUAAGGUGUUCAAGCGCAUGGAAAAGUAUCGCCUCCGAAGAGAUCUACCGAUAAAUGGUCCAUGUUCGGUCCUCCUACCUUUAUCCUAUGGCCUGUCUUCGUCGGUUCUAUUGCAUAUGGUUCAUGCACAAGUCCAGAGGUUGCUUUCGAAGCCUCACGCGCCACCGGGCUUUGAACUGCAGGUCCUCAUAGUCGAACCGUCGAGUAUAUCUUCGUCGUCCCCGCCGCAUAACGAGGCUUUCCAGUUGCUCCAGCAGCGAUACCCUCAUGCCUCGUUCACCAAGCUUCCACUGCAUAGCGUUUAUGAAUAUGUUCCCGGCUUAGGCGACAUUCUCAGUGAAUACGCUGGCCCAGGGUUUGCAGAUGAUGUUUCACUACCUCCGAAAGAUCGCCUUGACACCUUUCGUGGUUCAAUAACGUCGGCUACCUCUAUUGCCGAUGUUGACUCAGUCUUACUUAACAGGCUUAUUGUCGCCUUUGCAAAGAGUCUCCGUUGCUUUGGAGUCGUAUGGGGAGACUCGGACGAUCGACUUGCUGCGAAGACACUGGCUAGUGUUUCCAAGGGUCGUGGUUCCUCACUGACAUGGCAGGUUUCUGACGGAACAUCUCCCUUUGGCGUGGAAUUCACUUUUCCGCUUCGGGACCUGUUCACCUCGGAAUUGCAAAACUACGCUAAUUUUUUCCCUGAUCUUACCGACGUUAUUAUCCCGGAUACUCCUCUCUCCGACAACAUUCUGACAAAGAACCUGUCCAUUGAUCAGCUGAUGAUGCGCUACGUUUCGUCCCAGGGAGCGAAAUACCCCGGUGUCAUGUCCAAUGUAACAAGGACCGCGAACAAGCUUCAAGCAUCCCGAAUAACCACGGACGGAUCGAGAUGUGCUUUGUGUGAGACCCUUAUUUGCAAUCCUAAAGGGACGUCGAGCCACUUUCAACUGGCCACCGACUCAAACCAGUUUUGCUACGCCUGUGAACGAUCCCGCCCUGGGCUAAGUUGA